GUCACCGUCACGUGUAGUGCAGGAAGUAGACUACUGAUGUCCUCUGAAAGUCAUUCUACCGGCGAAGACGGCAAACAAUGCUUAGGAUAUUGUUAAUAAAUUAGUAAGGGCUUGCUGGACACAUUUCUAUAAACAUGGCUUGUCCUGUUGUAUAGUUAACAUUUUAACUAUAGCUCGUUAGCUAGCUAGCGAACUACGCACGUAGCCUAGGCUCUGGGCUUGCAACAACUAGCAUAUUCAGAAAUUCCCUGCCGUCAUGAUGCGAACCGGUGUGCACAUGGUGAGAAGUCUCUGCCGCGGACCUCAGGCCAUCAGCAACAGCAUCACACUGUUUCCAUCUACCGGAAUGGGCCAGCUAGCUGCCCAGUGGACUUCCUGUAUCCGUUGCCGCAGCAUGGCGGUGUUACCCUGGCCAUUCUCUACCCAACCCAGAGACUUCAGCUUGCCCAACUCGUCCUGGGGCUCUGAGAUGAGGCAGCAGUAUGAACACUACAACAGCCAGUGUGAGGAAAUGACAGAGGAAGGGGAGAAAAAGAGAGGGCCAUGGAGAAGACUGCCUAGCUAUAACCGCUCCCUCAAGUUUGCAACUGGUGGAGUGUAUCUGAGUAAAAUAAUCCAGUCCAAGGCUCGCCUCUUCACCAGGAACAUUAGAGAACAGGGAUCAGCGUUUGAGUACGUCAUGUUUGUCAACAAAGAAGAGCAGAAGUGUGUGUGUGUGUUCCAGGCUGGACACUUGCUGGAAGGUCCUCCAGGGCAUGUCCAUGGGGGGGCGAUAGCCACUAUGAUUGACACGGUGACAGGGACCCAUUCCACCUACCUCUCUGGACCAGUCAUGACUGCCAACCUAAACAUCAACUACCGCAGCCCCAUCCCAUUGGGAAGCACAGUAUUACUCCACUGCUCAUUGGAUAAAAAAGAAGGAAGGAAAACGUUUGUGACCUGUCAGGUGACCAGCUCAGACGGCUCUAGACUGCACACAGAGGCCACAGGAUUGUUUCUAUCGAUCAACGUUGGCCACAUUUUGGGAGUGUGAUGCAACCAACUAGCAACCAACCAAUCAAAAUGAGUAAUAAGAUUCCAGAAACACAGUUGUCAAACUGAGGCUGUGUGCGUGUGCGCGCGUGCCAGUCUUCCUACCUCUGAUUUGCUUGAGUUGCAUUCUGGGAAUUUUCAGGCGGAACCUUUCCAUGAUAUUUUCCGGGCGUUUGGGGGAAUUAAUGUGGAAUUAUUUAUUUAUUUAUUUUGUUAAAUAUUGCAGUUUCCAUGUCCAUAUAUAGACAUAAAUAAUCAGUAUUGGUUUGAUUGAACAGGUUUCAAAGUAUAUAAUUGGAUGAUAAUAUAUUAUAUUAACCCUCCACAAAUAGCAGGAUGAAGCUAAAAACCUAAAUUCCUGUAUGACAACAAACACAUACUACUGAUAAAAGCAUAAAAUAGCAAGUUAGAAACUAAAAGGUUAUUUACAAUUUUCACAUGAAUUCCCAUGAGAUGGGGCUGUUUUCAUUAUGCCACUAGCACUUAAAUUAUCUUUUAACUAAAUCAUACAUUACUGUUAUACUAGAACACUUUUACCUUUAUUUGCAAGGUAUUCAUUUAUGUGCACUGAACUAAACGGAAACAAUAGCACUAAAAUUAUAUUUAGCUAUUUUUUUUGUCCUGACAUUUUCUGGGUAUUUUCCACCACUUAACAGUCUUACUGCUGAGUAUUCAUUAAAUCUUUCAAAUACAUUAGAGCUCUCCAUAUUAAAUGAGAAACUUGUCAACUUUUCUGUUUAGAGUGAUGGACUACGUAGGGUGUUCACUCAAUGCCUCACCUACAGUGUUUAGGCUUACUCUAAGGCUUACAUUUCUUUAUUCAAGCCUAAAAUGUUUUUUAAUCUAUUUUUUUACUGAACGCUUUUGCUGCAGUUACAUUUGAACUGAACAAACACAUGUCCAGGCUGCCGGACUGUCUCCACCCUUACAAACCUGAAGACACACCCCUGAAUGGGUUGAUAUUUAAUGAAUGUAUUUAUUGUAUUAAUUUUAAAUGCAUCUAUCUAUUAAACAAUAUAUUUCAUA